UGAAGUCAGAGCUAUGUUCCCUUAUUAUCAAUCAGUGUGUUCUCGCGAUUUUUUAUCUCCUAAUAAAAUGAAUAUUGUAGUAUGUUUGGUUAUCAUGGGAGUCUUUGCUGGCUCGAGUUCUGCGGCAAACUUAACAGUUACAAGUGCAACAGCUGAUUAUGUGGCCCUUAUGAACAACAAUAAUCAGAAUGACUUAAAAGCUUCCAGAAUGAGAACGGAAUGUGUUGAAGCACGCGGAGCAGAUGCCAUAAGAAUAAUAAAAGAUCAACAAAAAGAAACUCUUGAAGAAAUAAAACGCUACGAAGAUAGUCUUGUUCCAAUGGAGGCUUUGAGUUUGAUUCGAAAACAUUGUAUUCAAAAAUACAAGGGAAUGUUGGUUUCCAUGGGGACGAUUUCAACCAAUUUUCAAACUUGCAUAAAAACAGCACAGACACGGUUAGAUUCUCUCACUGUAAGUGCAAAAUCUUCCCAAAGUACAGCCGAAGCCUAUGCCAAUGUAAACUUACCAGAUAUGAUUAAUAACUGCUAUAAAACCAAUACGAAUAAUGCAAGUAAAUUGGAAUCAUGUGUUGUUGACAAUGUUACGGCUUAUACAAAUACAAUUCAAACAUAUUUGAGAAAUGUUGAAAAGAGUCUAGAUGCUAGUUUGUGUACUUCAACUGAUCUUUCUCGUGACGCAAUUCAGUGUUCUUACAAGAUUGAAAAAAGUGUGUUAGUAACUAUGGGAAAGGUGACAAGUUUGAUUGAUAAUUGUGUAACACAAACAGAAACUGUUUGCCCAUGUGCUAAGGACUUAAUGGUUGAAAGUCAAACACCCAAGAGUGUUCGGAGUCUUCUGACAGAAUAUCGACCAAAAAAUGAAACCAACACAUUAACGCAGUCUAUAAAUAGUAUAAAAUAAUAAACUUUGUAAUUAGUUAAACAAAUGAAUGUUUUGUGUUUGUCAAUAAAUAAAAUAAAAACAUUAGGGAGAAAUUA